AUGCUGGGUAGUACGACAAGGAACAGCGACAAUCGCAAUGCUGAUGUUAACGAAAGUGAUUCAAGUUCAUUUCCAAAUCCAACGACAGCCUCAGGCACGUCUUUAGGUAGGGGGACUCUGAAUGCUAAUUCAGACAUCGUGGAUGCAAAAAACACCGAUAUUCGGCGUCUAAGUUCUGGCCAUGUUUUGAUGCAGUCUGAUAUGCAUCCUGCUUGUGUCACGAUCGGGAUCUUCGGAUGUACCCGAGAUUUGAGAUAUCCUGCUUUGGAUUGGUUUCGAUACCUCGUUUCUGAGGAAUUGGCCUUCACAAGUACCGAUCCUACUUACACUAUAUCCGCCACAUCGACUGCGAGUGAACGUCUCAGCGCCAGUCAAGCUGACCCGCUGAUUGCGUGUCGCUUGCCCAGUGAAAAGGACGUUGAUGCUAUCGAGGGAGCUACGCCAACUGCGGGGGAAGAGGAGGAGCGCACAGCGGAUAACAACCUUGCAGCUGCAACAGGAGGGUCGUUGAUCGGUGAAACAAAUACGACUAGGUCAGAAGCUGGAACUUCGGCGACGUCCAGCGGUAUUCAGCUGAGUGGAGCUUUCGUUUUUGCGAAUGGAACUGUGAUGUCCACCCCACCAGAGGAGGGAACAGCUGCUGAUAACGGCAUUCUUGGACAAGGGCAGCCAGAAAGCACAUCAAUGUCGCCAGAGCAGAACAAGCACAUAUUUGAAAAUCCGACAUGCCUGCGCGAUGUCGUCUAUCCAGCUGCAAGCGAUCGCAGUCGUUUGACCGCUCUGGAGCGCAGCGCGCUGGAGAACUCAUUUCAGCGUGGGCGCGGACUGUUUACGGCUUUUGAUCCCGUAGGAGCUGAGGUAGUGUCUGCGCAUGAAACUGCGGUCACCCCUGAUUCCGAAGGAAUCCACUUUGUUCCAGUUUUGUCUGUCCUUUUCAAGAUCCCUUAUCCGGAGAUCGACUACGUUAGCGCUGGAGGUGCCUCUACCGGUACUGGAAGUAGCAGUAACGUAGUCGGAGGGCCUGGAAUAUCAGGCAUCGGCGGAAGUCACCUACCAACGAACGACCCGUUUCUGUUGCAGGACGAUGCGUCUUCCGUAGGCCCAAUGCAGAAACUCCUCACAGGGAGGCUGUCUUUAGAUUUGUCGCUUUUUCGCACUGAGCUUUUAGAUGCGACACAGCCAGAGGCAAAGAUUGUCCUACUCGAUUCCAACGGUAACAUUUUAUCAACGGCAGUGCUUGGCGAGCAAAUGAAAAUAAGGCCACAAGAUGGAAGCUUGGGGUUUCGGAAAGUGUGGGAACUCUCAGCUUUCUCUAAUUUAGGACAAGCGGAUUUGGAUACAGCAGCUUCAUUAUCAGGUGCAACUGGUGGAACAGCGUCUUUUAGUGACGACACGCGAAGUCAGAUGAACAAUGCAGAAAACAAUGUCGUUGCGCCAUCGGAUUCGGGUGUUUUGCUACGGCCGAUCUACAUAGCAACUGCCGCAUUGAGUGCGGUUCAAGCCAAAGCGCAGCCGGGUUCUACGUCGUUUGAGCGAGACAAUCAAGCCGCUCUGAUGAAGGAGGCGACACGGCGAGUCUUUUUCGUGGCUAUUCACCUCACUCCGGAAACGUUUCGCACAUCGGGGAUGGUUGCCGUUCGUUAUGCUGCUAUCGCCCUAGCGGCUGUGCCGAUCCUUCUGUUCAUUCUCAGCAUAUUGCUUCAUAAAAACAUGCGUGAGCGCGCAUUAUACAAGCGAGAACGGGAUCGCGAGCAAGCAUUGGAUGAGGCCAAGCGAACUCUUAGUGCAGUGGAAACUCCGACCGUGGGCACGGGAGGAUGAUAAAACAAAGACGUUAGCACGAGGGUUUCUCGAAUUCGAUCGGCGUAACUAUGCAUACCUAUAGAUGGAGCAAAAUUGAUACUUCUUGCUUUGAUGCAUAGAUAGAUGACCAUUGUCGCGCAUUGUCACUGCACAGGGAAAUGAAUCAAGAGCGAGGGAGGUUUUUUCCACGUUCGCACCAUAGUUCAUGAAGACAUGAUUGAUCACAACAACGCCUCCACUGAAAGAGAUGCAUAUACCGCAUUUCGUAUCGAUAUGAAGAAGGCCCU